CUUCUCUCUUAUUUGGCCGAUUUCCCACCCUACCCUUUUUCCGUGAAUCUUCGUGCCUUGCUACCCAAGUUUCCUCUCAUGGCUAAACACAAUGCCUGUUCCAGUAUAUUUUACCAUUCUCUUCUUCCCCUCGUGGGAGUUUCCUUCUCUUCUCUCCCAGGUUUUCUCUGCCAGGUGAACUGCCCUCCAUGACCUUGUUCGAUCUUCUUUUCAUUACCUUCUUCCCAAUGUUUGAGACUCUCUUUCACAUCCCUCAAGGCGUCGCAGCUGUGCUGCAAGAGAAACUCAGGCAACAUGGACCCCCGCGACGACCCAAGCACUACCACCACUACCACCGACUACGAUUCAGGUGAUAGUGUAAGCGUGGACUACGUCUAUGAGGGGGAGAGGUGCCCGGGAGAAAGGAGGACAAAAGGGGCGAGCCCCAAGAGGAAGAGAUCUCCCAGACCGAGACCCCGUGGAGCUGCAAGAUGCACUUGCGGAGCCGGUCAGAGUCGGGUGCAUGACGAUGACGAGAUUACUGACUUUGAAGAAACCUCGGGUACCGAGGAGGAACGGAAACACCAAAAACUCGCAGCGAAACCUAAAUCAUCUGGGUCUGCGACUGCUCCGGGAUGCCACUCCAAAGAGCGCCAUAGGGUUGACAAGCCGAAGGCAACUGGGGGCAGGAACCGGCGCGAGCCGUCUCCCUACAUCGAAGACUAUCCUGACGAACCUGCACGACCGGCAAUUCUUUUGAGGGAACACAAGAUUAUGAGGAGGUCGUCGACCUCCGAGACGAAGCGUGUGAGGCCCUCCAAAGAUGGAUCGUCAUCAUCUGGCUCCCGCGGUAGGUCCCCGUCAGAGGAACCUCCGCCGCCGAGGCCAUCUCGCCGGUUCUCUAAAGAGUCUCCUCCACGCCCACGACAUCACAAGCGGCACACCGAUGUACACAGAACGCAUCAAAGCAAAUCGUCUGGCUCGGAAGCGCUCGACGACUUCCAAUCCGACUCUGGUGGGCCUGACCCAGCUACGCGCCACCCACGACGUGAGUGCCCGGAACCAGCGACCAUGGUUUCUCGCAGUUCGGCAGGGAGUGGAAGUCGACAACCGAAAUACUCCUCGUCCUGGCCACUGCCAGCCGGGGCCCACCUCCGUCAGAGGCGUCUCGGACGUCAUGACCAUGCUUACGACAGUGGAGAGGAGAGCGAGGAGGAGCGGUAUCACGACGAGAGUAACUGUGAAGAGCACCACCGUCCAAGAGGCACCCGGGCGCCGUCGUUUCGAAAGAGGAAUUCCGAUCGGGAGCGGGUCCAAGACCGACAGUCAUCACCGCCAGCAAGGCAUGAACGCGCACGCACGAGACCGUCUCCUCCUCGGCACCACCCAAGAACCGUUGUUAGUCAUGCUAGCAUGACAACGACGGACAAUGGCUGCCGUUCUGUUGCCACAUCAUUGUGCGAAGUGUGGCGUGGCGAUACUGACGACUGGGAAUCACCCUACACCUCGGCUAGCGAGGGUGAUCAUGAGGCGGGUAUCGAAGAGCCCAUCAGACUCCUGCGGAUGGAAGACCAGCCUCCGCGUAGCUCCUCCCCACGUCUGCUCCCGCCGCAAGGUGAUCGAGGAGAAUUCGAAUUCCAGGCGCUGAAUCGCCCUUUUCCUUCGAACCCCUACCAGUCAUAUAACCCUUCAACAACACACACGGAGGAACGUUGCGCCGGUGCCAUCCUUGCGCCCUGCCGCAGCCCUGCAUGGGUUUACCGGUCCGCCAACAGGAUCCUUCUCCAUGAUGAUGAAGAGCAGCCCCUGGCCUUGACCAUGGAGCCAGAUGUGAUGACGGAUGACGAGGGCAACACUCACGACCUGCGCCCUCAAUCUCGAGCAUCUCGCUGGCCGAGACCUGGGCCUCUACGAGGCUGGACACAGCCCCUCCCGCCGCGGUCCCGCACCGCCUUGCCGGUCUUCUCAGCAAGGGAAGCACGAGAGUUCCUGUCGCCGAAGCCGACGAGAGCGGAGCGGUUUGACUUCGGCGCAUGGGGUUGUGACCGUGCCUCGAGGAGCUCACUGGCUCCAGGAUUGCUGUAGACCAGUGUGAGUCGCCCCUCAGGGGGGAGGGGUGGGGUUGCCUGGUCCAGCGCUUGGAGCCUCAUGGGGAAUGGUUUCCGAGGCGUUCGGUAGAGAAAAAAGAAGCUGUGGUGGCUCACGCUGCCUGAUGUGGCGUUUGGGAGUUGGGGCGUUUUCUUUGCGAGAUUGUGUUCUGAAUUUU